AAUAUUUUUAUUUCUUUUACAGUAUUUAGCAAGCAAGAAAUUUUCAGUCAAUGUUCUGAUACAAAAGAUAAUAAAACAGUACUUUGAGAAAGAGUUUCAUGAACGAGAUGAGAUCCAUGCGGAAGAAAUGGAAGAAUUACGGGGGGCAUCUAAAGGCCAUGGAGAGUCCUUGAUCCCACUAUUCAUUUGUACGAUUGCAUUUCCCACAAUCCCCUGCCCAUUGCACAUCUUUGAGCCUCGAUAUAGGUUGAUGAUUCGUCAGUGUAUUGAGUCUGGGUCUAGGCAAUUUGGAAUGUGUGUUCCAUCAGAACAAAAUGAAUUUUCUGAUUAUGGUUGCAUGCUGAAAAUUAAAGAAGUGCAAACAUUGCCAGAUGGAAGGUCAAUCAUUACAACUGUAGGGGGGAAGCGAUUCAAAGUGUUGGGUCGAGGAAUGCGUGAAGGGUACAACACAGCCAAUGUCAGGUUUAUUGAAGAUGACACUGUACAAGAGGAUGACAUUAAUCAACUGAACACAUUACAUCAGUCGGUAUACAGUGAAGCUUCGUCAUGGUUCAAUGCCCUUAGGUCCGUCUUUCGUUCACGGAUCUCUAAACACUACGGAGGAAUGCCAGUGUUACCGGAAAACCCGCUAGAAUCACCUGAUGGCCCCGGAUGGACUUGGUGGUUGCUAGCCGUCCUUCCUGUAGCCCCAAGAGCACAACUAGAAUGCAUGUCAAUGACAAGCCUUAGGGAACGUCUGUUGUUCCCACGAAGAUGCCUGCGAGCAGCGUCAGAGUCGUAGAUCUGUAUAUUUGUAAAAUAUUAUCUAAUAAUGUCCAUACGGGUUUAAGCGUCUACAGUAUUUAAACUAUCAGCAGUAUUUCAAAAUAUGUGGAACAUUGCCCAAGUAAAAAAUUGAUAGGUACAUACUAACUGUGGUUGUAUCUGCUUUACAUUUAUUUAAUUUAAAUCCACUAUUAGUAAAAUUCACACCGGAGUAUGUGUCCUUUUCAUGACAAUGUAGAAGGCUUCCUUUAGGUUUUGAGGGGUUCUGUAUUGGUUAACCAAAUAAUGGCAUAAAAAAUGUUAUGGAGACUUUUUGAUAUUUGCUAAAAUUUGUUUAAAUAUUUGUCUUCUUUGUUUUAUCCAAGUUUUAUUUUUGUGGACAUUUAUAUUUAUUGGCCUUUUAUUUUGUGAUCACUACAUUACAUUUUUAUUCUUGUGUUUUAUCUGCACUUAUUGUUUUCUUUUUCAUUAAUUCAAAAAAAGAAAUUUGUAGGUCUGAUUUUAUUCGUCUCAAAUUUUGUGGCUCUUUGUUUAUUGAUUUUAUGUUUAUUGAUUACUAAUCAGCUUAAUGAGAUUACAAUUAUUAACGAUGGAAAUCAUGUAAUGACAAUAAAGACAUGUGUAGGAUCAAUGUUUAUUGAUUAGCAAUCAUCUUAAUGAGAUUACAUUGAUUAACGAUAAUGAAUACAAUAAAGACGUGUAGGAACAAUGUUUAUUGAUUAGCAAUCA